AUUUUUCUACACUUAAUUUGGGUCCGAAUAUCGGCCCUUUCCCCUAGCAAAAAUUAUCGAAUUUUUCCCAAAUUUAUCAACAUUUUUUCCCAAUUCAAUCGAUAGAAAUUUUUUAAAAAAAAUUUUGCACAUCGAUAAUGACGACCCGAAUUUUUUUCGUACGACUUGGCAAGCCUCCAUUUAUUCUUCGUCGGUCAAGCGCUCUAAUAUAUGCCAUUGUAUAUAUAGACCUUUCAAGCGCUUUUUAAACAAUGAUGUAAACGUGAUUUGUGAAGCAAUGUGGCGUAAUGUCGCAUAAUUCGAAGUAUUACGUUAAGAAAAUUAAGAAAAAAGACUCAACAGGGUUACCAAAGAUAAGCAACUUUUUCACUCGACCCGAUGAUUCGAUUUCCACUGGGAAUCCUACGACAACGUCAAGUACAAAUGAACAGAGUUCGUCAUCACAUGGAGUACAGCAUCAAGUUGAUCCAGAAGUUGAAAGUAAGGAGGAUCAGUCAGAAGACUCAGAACGGCGGCUUGUUGUUUCCAUUCCAAGUGAGAGUCAGAGACUGAGUGUUGAUCAUGAUGUUAGAGAGGAUUUAGAGUCUAACUCCGAGUCUCAUUCCAAAGUUCAUAUUAAAAAACUAAAAGUUUCACCAAUAGACCAAAGAACAUUUUGUUUACAUAAAUAUGAAGCUCAACACAGAUGGUUGUAUUAUUCUAAUGUAAAAGGUGGCUACAUGUGUAAAUACUGUGAACUCUAUUCUUCAUCCUCUGAUUCUCAAUCUUCUGACAAAUCCUUCAUACAUAAUGGGGCUACUCUUGGAAGUCACCCAACAAGGGUGUUGACAAAGCACGAAAACAGCCAAAAACAUAAGUUUUCUAUUGAAAGAUAUACUUUGUCUCGCACAAAUGUGAACGUUUACAAGCAAGUACAUUUAGCUUUUAAUGCCAAUGCAGCGAAGGAGGAACAAAAAAACAGAAAUGUUGUCAAGAAGAUCUUUAGAUGUGUUGACUUUUUAGCUAGACAAAAGUGGGCUGUUUCAGAAAACACUGAAAAAUUGGUAAGAUUUGUUGCCAGCAUUGAUGAAUCAAAUUCUGACUUAAAACAACAUUGUGCUAGUGCAAGCAACACUUACCUGUCAUCAACAAGUGUAACACAAAUGGUCUCUUGCAUUUCUGAAUUUCAUGAGAGAGAACUCUUAUUAAAUAUGAAUGAGAAACAGUUUUCCCUCCUAGCAGAUGAAAGCACCGACAUUGCGCACAGAAGCCAGUUGUGUAUCAUGGCCAGGUUUGGAAAUUCGCAUAAUGAGAUAGCUACACAUUUUCUUGGAUUUGUUAAUCUAGAAAAAGCUACAGCAGAAGCAAUAAUGACAGCAGUUAAACUGUUCCUGCUCGCCAAAAAUAUUGACAUAGGGAAAAUUAGAUUCAUAGCCCUGGAUGGAUGCAACACCAUGAGUGGGGAACACAAAGGAUUGCAAAGGCGGAUAAGACAUGAGAGUCCAUUUGCACUUUACGUAAACUGUCGAAAUCACCGCUUAGCCCUCUGCUUAGUGCACCUCAUAAAAAAGUACCCGGUUCUCCAAGAAAUUGAUUCUUUGCUGAUAUCACUGUGGAAACUUUUUGAGUUUUCCCCUCAGAAGAUGGCUGUAUUCAAGAACAUCCAGUCUGUGUAUGGAAAAGAGCCACUGACAUUCCUUCGUGCUGCUACAACAAGAUGGCUGUCUCAUCUCCAUGCAUGUUCAAGAUUUGUAUCAAGAUACAACUGUAUCCUUGAUACUCUUGAUGCAAUAUAUGAUGACAGGAAAGAUCCAGAUGUGUAUGGAAUCAGGGUGAGCGCAACAAACAAAAGUCUUCUAGCAGGGACUGUGCUUCUGUGUGACAUCUUAAAGCCUGUCAACAUGUUGUCUUUGUAUCUCCAACAAGAAGACAUUAACUUUACCACACUUCCUAUUCGAGUGAAAGAAACAACUGAUCUACUGCACCAGCUGAUUGAAAAGUAUAAUCGAAAUCAACUUGAUGACACAGAAUAUGCCAAAGUUAAUGGAAUGUUUCUUGAGGUGGAUGAUCGCACAACUCUAGCCAGGAGAAUGCGAGCGUGUGCCAACAGAAUAACCCCAGAGUCAUUUCUUGAACAGACAGGAAUUCCUUUGAUUCAUGAUCUCAUUCAAGAAAUUGAAGAUGCAUUCUGCACAGGCUCUGCAGUUCUUACAGCUUUUGGAGUAUUAGACCCACAUAAUUUACCAGAUAGCAUUGAAGAACUCUCUAAAUAUGGUCAGGAGAGUAUAGAUAAACUGGUAGAGUUUUAUGGAAGUCCCAAGGAUGAUGAAUUCCAAGGACAUCGGAUACAAGUUCGAGCCCAGUUCAAUGAAGUGAAUAUGAGAACAGAGCUUGAAACUUUUAAAAGACAUCUGUUCAUGCUGAGCCCUUUUGUCUUUUUCCCUGAGUUUUGUUGCUGUGUUAUUAGACAGAUAGCAGAAAUAACCAAUUCAAUGUUGAAGGAGAAGAGGUUGCAGCUCAGUACAUGGUGUAUACAAAGAAUUUUGUAAGGAUGAUGUGUUGAAGGAGUGUUUUCCAGUAGUCUUUCACCUGUACUAUCUUGCCAUGAUCAUUCCUUCUUCUACAGCAGUGGUGGAGAGGGGCUUUUCUUUAAUGUCAAAUAUUGUUUCAAAGAAAAGAAACAGACUUACUGAAAAAAAUACAGAUGCGCUUAUGCGCAUUUGUCACACAAACAAAGAUUUGACUGACAAUGAUUUGGAAACUAUUGUAACCAACUUUAAAGGCCUUAAAAAAAGGAAGCUUGAUAUGUAAUUUAAAAAUAAAAAAAGAAAGCAUCAUAUUUGUA